AUGAGGCCGUUAAAUGACCAAGAAACUAUGCUAGUUUUUAAAAAGCUUUCGAAAUUCUUAGGGAAUAAUUUGUUAAGUAUGUUGUCUUACAAUAAUGAAGAAUAUGUUUUAAGGGCGGACAUAGCUAAGCAAGCCAAAUCCAUAAAUAAAAACUCAUUGAUGUCCUUGGGAACAUGCCUUGGAAAAUUUACGAAAGCAAAUAAUUUUUUUUUAAAAAUUACUUCCUUAUCUCUUUUAAGCGAAUUUUGCAUUCAUAAAAUUUGGUUAAAGGAAUCCGGAGAAAAAAGCUUUUUAUUUGGAAACAAUGUCAUUAAAAGUCAUUUAUUAAAAAUAAGUGACAAUAUAAAAAAAGGAGAUGGUGUAAUGGUUUUAUCAAUGAACGAUAAUCCAAUAGGAUUUGGUGUAUCUAUGAGAAAUACACAGGACAUCAAAAUUUUAAAUGUUAUGGACAUUAUAUUAAUUCAUCAGGGUGAUAUUGGAGAAUAUUUAAGAAGUGAAGAAACUAUAUAA